UUUGACGGUCCCUGAAGUUGUGCACGAAAACUACUACCAGGAUCUUCAGAUUAUACUUCAAGUUCUAGUCAGUUCAUCAUGAUUAUGCGUCCCGAAAUAACUCUGUUCAUUCUGUUCACUAUCAUUAUGCUUGCAAUCGGCGUUCCAUACUUCUAUGGAUGCAAGAGCCCUGCCGACUGUGAACCCGGAGAAUGUUGCGUGAUUGGUAUGAAUCGAUACAGUUUUCCUCGUUGUGAAAAGUUUGGCCAAAAAAAUGACUUCUGCCUUCCAUCCAAUACACCACAGAAUAAAACUUUGUAUUAUCCUAAUGGCGCGGUUGAUUUUUCCAACAUCUAUAUGCUCUUCUGCCCAUGUGAUACCGGUUUUAUCUGUUAUCAAGCUCACUGUGAAUCAGCCUAAGUCGUUGGCCAAGAUCCUUACUUCGAAAAAAACAAAAGAAACUGGUAUUUCAAAAUUAAUUUUCUUUUCAACUCUUAAAAAUCUUACAUUCUGACUUAAGGCAUAUUAAAAGCUUCUGUGUAUAUGAUGUUAUAUAAUCGCAAUCAAUAACUAAAGACAUCGUGGAAAGACUUCGAUAGUAAAAUGGCGAUCGUGAGACUGUGACGCUGAAUAAAUUAAUAAUCUUAGGCCUAUUUUGCUUCAAGUCAAUGUUGCGUUUCUAUGGAAGCCUUUCCAAAUAUUUAACUUAACGAAUAGCCUGAAUAUAAAGAGAUAUUUCAUCAUUUACCUAUAAAAGAGGUUUUCUUAAAGCCUUCAGAAUUGAAUAAAAACAUUCUUGCAAUCAGCCUUUAAACUAAAGCGGUUCAUGCAAAGACAAACUAUGAAUCAUAUUCAUCCCCUCUCUCUCGCACUUUCUUAUAAACCUUAAGUACACAAAAUUAUUUUAAAUUUCUACUGAUUUUCAAAAUUGCAUCACGAAGUGCUUUUUCUUUUAUUGUUAAACCAGGUGAACUAAAGUUUCUCAAAUAAUUUGGUGUAAGGCUAAGGGUUGGAAUCUUUACGUAAAUCUACAAUGUAUUACAUCGUUUAUAGUAUAUAAUUAUUUAGCAUUGAAAUUUAUUUAACUUUAAGAACAUUGCUAUUGUGAACAUUUUUGUACAGCUCUUGGAUAUAUAUUUUUCGCACAUUUUAUAGUAUACGUCUUUCACAAUACAGCCAAAUAAUAGUAUUUGGUGUCCCUAGAUGGUUUAGACUAAUGUACAGUCACAUUAACUUGCUGCUCAUCUGUAAAAUGUGAUAUUUAAAUCAGUCUUAGGAAGUAAUGACUCAAUCUUUUGGAAUAUAAAAAUAUUACUUUGAACUGAAAAAUAUGAAUAUUUUUGGUUUCCAGUACCCUUCCUCUAAACUGAUAUGUACGUGUUGUCAAAAAAUAUUGUAGUUGAACAAUGUCCUGUUUGAAAACAGAGCAUUUUACUAAUUAAACUAUUUAUUUCAAAUAGUGUGAAAAUAUACAGGAAAAUAGUUUUACAACUGUCAAUAUUGCACUCAAAAGUGAAUGAGUUACCUCCUCACUGAAUUAACCUAUGUACAUCUGAGGUUAUAUGUUACUUAGUCUUAUUAGUUUCUGCUGUAAAAAUUAACAUUACUACAAUUUCUUUAAAAACACAGAUAAAGAAAUGCACGCGUGUACAAUAUAAUUGCAGUGGCAUAGCUGGAAAUUUUGCCAUAGGGGGAGCAGGUGCAAAACGUUUGAAAUUUUCCAAAUAUUAGGUACCUGAAAUAUCCAUCACUAAAUUCCUUUAAACAAUAAUCAUGCACCUACUAGCAACACGCUUCUAGCUGAUGUAAGGGAAUGAUUCUUUUUUUUUGUUGUUGUUGUUAUAGUAACAUCAUUAAAUUUCCAAAUUCUUUUUAUCCCAAUUCUCUAAGGGGGUUAUUCCCUCCCUGCCUUCCUAUAGCUACGCCACUGUAUAACUUGAUGUUACGAUAUGUUGAAGACCGUGCCAAGCCUAAAAUUGUUAUCUAUGAGUUUUACAAAGACCUUGUUAAUUUUAGAACUCUUGAUGAAUAGUCACAUUUUAUAUUUUAAUACUUAAUAAUAUAAAUAAAAUGCUAAAUAUAAAUUC